AUGCUGGAAUGGCUGGAUUCGUCAGACACUUCUGGUGUCAAGGUAUCGCAGGUAUAUGAUUCCGUCACGACCGGUCUCCAGGCCUUUUACCGCUCCAAGCUCUUACCAAUAGAGAAAGAUCAUCUUUUCCAUCAGUUCUACUCCCCGGAACUCACAGAUGCCGACUUUGCAUCUGCACCGAUGGUGCUCCUGAUGGGCCAGUACUCAACAGGCAAGACCACGUUCAUCCGCCACCUCCUGCAGCGUGACUAUCCCGGCAUGAGAAUCGGGCCAGAACCCACCACAGAUCGAUUCGUGUGCGUCCUGCAUGGGGAGUCUGACAGCGUCACUCCUGGCAAUGCCCUGGUUGUUGACCACGAGCUGCCUUUCACACAGCUCAGUCACUUCGGCAACGCUUUCUUGAGCAGGCUGGAAGCCUCGAGGCUGUCCAGCCCGGUCCUGGAAGG